AUGUCACGACUAGUGGUAGUUGCCUGUGUGCUGAUGUUCGUGGCAAUGGCAGUAUGCCUGGACACGCCGACGAACCUAAAACCUAAUACGGAAAUGCCCAAAGAUGGUCAAGUUCAUGUUCCUACCGGCCAUCCUAAACAUCCUAAUCCACAACACAAACUCGACGGCCAACACCAGGAUGCUCCGCGUCAAGACGGUGGACAAAUGCCAAAGGCAGAUAAAUCUGACGAGAAGCCUCCUCAGGAUACGAAGAAUUAA